CUUUUUUUUAACUAACAAUCUGUUUCCGAUUGUCUUUCCUUCCUAUUCCAGACGUAAUUAACGGUUCGUAACGUUUCUAAUUAACAGUAAUCACGCUUAGGAACGCUAUAUAUCAGAGAGCUAGAUACCAUAGGAUAUCGAGAAAGAAGAAGAAGAAAUGGAGGGAAUAGAGCACAGGACGAUCCGAGUGAACGGCAUCAACAUGCACGUGGCCGAGAAAGGUCAAGGCCCGGUGAUCCUAUUCCUCCACGGCUUCCCGGAGCUCUGGUACUGCUGGAGGCACCAGAUGCACGCCUUGGCCUCCCUCGGCUACCGUGCCGUGGCGCCGGACCUCCGUGGCUUUGGCGACACGGACGCGCCGGCUGAGGCUUCGAGCUACACGUGCCUCCACGUGGUCGGAGAUCUCAUAGCGCUUUUGGACGCCGUCGCCGCCGAUCAGGAGAAGGUGUUUGUGGUCGGCCACGACUGGGGUGCAGUCAUCGCUUGGCACCUUUGCUUGUUUCGGCCCGACCGAGUCAAGGCUUUGGUCAACAUGAGCGUUGCCUUCACUCCAAGAAAUCCUCAGUACAAGCCUAUUCAAGCCCUGAAAGCUGUUUAUGGCGGUGACUAUUACAUGUGCAGAUUUCAGGAAGAAGGUGACAUAGAAGACGAGCUUGCCAACCUUGGUUGUGCUAGAGUCAUGAAGGAAUUCCUAACCAACCGCAAUCCCGGUCCGCUUUUGCUUCCUAAAGGUAAAGGGUUUGGAAAUGCCAGCCCUGACGCUCUGAUCACAUUGCCGAGCUGGUUGUCUGAGGAUGAUAUCCACUACUACGCCAGCAAUUUCGAGAAGAAGGGCUUCACCGGUGCCUUGAAUUACUUCCGAAACUUGGACCGGAAUUGGGAACUGACUGCACCCUGGACCGGGGCUCGGAUUCUAGUUCCGGUUAAGUUCAUUGUGGGAGACCAAGACCUGGUUUAUAAUUCCAUGGGCGCCAAGGAUUACAUACACAAAGGUGGGUUCAAGAAAUAUGUGCCGCUGCUGGAAGAGGUGGUUGUGAUGGAAGGAGUUGCACAUUUCAUCAAUGAAGAAAGGCCCGAGGAGAUCAAUCAACACAUUUACGACUUCUUCAAGAAAUUUGACUAGCUAAUCUGUUUUUCUCUUAUUCACGCAUUAUCUUUGCUAGUGUUUGUUAUAAUUCUGUAGCUAGCUAGCUAGUAGCUUUGUUGUUUUAUCCCAAGUUGCUUCCGUGGUAUUCAUUCAAUAAUGGUUGUAAUCUUGGCACUACUACCAAUGUCGUUUGCUUUCAAGAUUGGAUCAAUGAGUGAUCCAUAAUUUCUGUUAGUG